AUGCUCCUACUUCCCAUUCUACUGAUCCCAUGUUGGUAUGCUAUGGUCAAUCGUGUUGAGCACCAAGUGAAAAACUGGAACUCAAACGAGUUUCAUUCCAUGCUGAUGUCUGAAAUUGAGAACAAAGCAAAGUUUCUAAGUCCAAUAAAUUCAUCUGCAACUAAUUUAGCAAGAAUUUUAGGUUCCUCCCUCAAUGGAACUGCACUAUCAUUCUCUGAGAUUGAGACCAAGGUGGCUCCUGUAUUGUUUCAAGAGUUGUCUACAAUUCCAUACUUAUCUCAAAUUUCUUAUUUUGGAUUAGACGGACUAUUUUUCUCAUACUAUACCGACGGCAAUCAAACUCUUGCCAUGUACACCAACUCCUCAUUCUUCUCUGCUCCAAAUGGAAGGGAAAACUACAUCUGGCUUAUGCAAGAUGUGGACAUUGAGACAGGAAAAUUGUAUGGAAAAGCCAUUGAAUCCCGUCCCUGGACUAUGGCAAAUGCAAGUUGGUUUCAAGAAGCCUUGAAUAAUAAACAUGGAUCUGCCUCGUUGGAAACUGGAUGGAACAAUGCUCAAGACCUUCUAUUCCUUAACUCAGCUAGACUUAAUAGAGGAGUUCUCUCUCUCGGGUUUCCAGUUAAAACAUUAACUACCAUUUUUACUGGUGUAGAUUAUCACGGCGGGAGCUUGUAUUUGGCUACCCAAGAUGGGAAAAUGCUAGUAGAAGGGCUCCCAAAGACUCAUACGCUUCUUGCUUCUAACGUUUCCUGCACCAUGAAAGAUGGUACGUCGAGAGCUUCUACUUUGACCAUUCAAGAAACAGAAUACACCUUUUAUUGUUUGCCACUUGAUAUAGUGGGAGUGCAAUCGGUAUAUGUGUUGGCUGUCCCGCAAAAUAGAUUAGUCAGCCUUGUCCACAAGAACAAGAAAGUGGCAUUGUUGCUCCUUCUGGUUGUGAUCGCUACAAUGAUUGGUUCCUUCCUAGGUUUUGUGUUUAUAAUCGUUAGAGCUGCCAGAGGAGAGAUGCAUUUGUGUGCUGCGCUCAUUAAACAAAUGGAAGCCACUCAGCAAGCAGAGAGGAAAAGUAUGAACAAGAGUCUUGCCUUUGCUAGUGCCAGUCAUGAUGUUCGUGCUUCACUAGCUGGCCUUACUGGUUUGAUAGAGAUAUGCUAUGUUGAAGUUAUCCCUGGUUCCGAAUUGGCUACAAACUUAAGACAAAUGGAUACCUGUGCAAAGGACCUACUAGAUCUACUGAAUUCUAUUCUCGAUACAAGCAAAAUCGAAGUGGGAAAGAUGCUGCUUGAAGAAGAUGAAUUUGAUUUGGCCCAACUUCUCGAGGAUGUAGUUGAUUUGUAUCAUCCUGUUGGUAUGAGAAAAGGAGUAGAUGUAGUGUUGGAUCCUUAUGAUGGUUCAAUCCUCAAAUUUUCCCAAGUGAAAGGUGAUAGGGGAAAACUUAAGCAGAUAUUAUGUAAUCUACUAAGCAAUGCAGUUAAAUUUACUUCAGAGGGGUAUGUAACUGUUCGAGCUUGGGUUAGGAAAACCAGUUUGCAGAAUACGAUGAUUGCUUCUAAAAGGAACUGCCUGCCGUGCUUGUUUUACAAGAACAGUCAAGCAUAUAAUGAUUUUGAAACUAUGGAUGCUGCCCUAAAAGAUCCAAAUGUUAUGGACUUUGUAUUUGAGGUGGACGAUACAGGUAAAGGUAUUCCAAAAGAGAAGCAAAAAUCAGUCUUUGAAAACUAUGUUCAAGUCAAAGAAACAGCUAUUGGACAAGGAGGCACUGGCUUAGGACUCGGCAUUGUUCAGUCUCUGGUACGUCUGAUGCAUGGAGAUAUAGGAAUUGUGGACAAGGAGAUCGGAGAGGAGGGAACUUGCUUUAGAUUCGAUGUUCUACUCACUAUAUGUGAAAUCGUCUCUUGCAAUAAUGUAGAAGCAGAACAGCUUGAAAUGGGAGUUGGCACACAUCUACUGGGGCUUAGCAGUCAGACCCCUAGCCCUGAGAUGACUAUUAGAACUCCUAGUCCUGGAUUGUGUGCUCGGACUGCUAGUUCAAAGUCGACAAUUCACUCCCCUAGCCCCAAGCAGAAGGCAUCCCAUGUUGUUCUCUUGAUUCAAGAUAAUGAGCGUCGGAGGAUGUCACGCAGAUUCAUGGAGAACUUAGGCAUAAAAGUAUCAGUUGUUAAGCAAUGGCAACAUCUUUCUUCUACUCUCGAGACGAUCACACAUAAGCAAAACCAUUCGCAUCACAACUCUUUGGUAAAAUCAUAUUUUUAUUCUCCAAGUGAAUACUUAAGCAGGUCUGCUACUAGUAACUCCAUCACUGUAGAAAAGGAUGUGCCUUUGAGUACCAUGGAUGGAUCAGACUACAUACUAUCAGUCUUCAGAAGAACUACUCCUAGAUGUGCAUCAAGUUUUAUAUUAGUUGUGAUCGAUGCCUGUGCCGGACCAUUCCCAGAACUGUGUAGAAGUGUGACCGAGUUCAGAAGAGGGCUAAACAAUACUUGUUGCAGGGUUGUUUGGUUGGAGAAACCAAUGAUGCGGAUCAUCAAUUGCAAAGGUAUUGCCGAGACCAUGAUGGAGCCAAAUGAUAUUAUCAUAUCUAAACCAUUUCAUGGUUCUCGUUUGUAUGAAGUGGUAAGACUUCUACCUGAGUUUGGGGGUACACUGCUAGGGAAUAUGGGAAAAAUGAAAGAAAGUCUGUCACAAGUUGGGAAAAUGCCUAGAGAUCCCAGUUCAUCUCAAGGACCAGUAGAGUUACCAGACCAUGGUAGCAGCAGUGAGAUUCCUAGGAAAAAAAUCUUGUCACCCAUUGAAAAUCUAUCUCAUUUCAAGCCCAAAUCAAGAAGUCCUCUGAAUCAUGGACACCUACCACAAGAGCAAGAAAGCAAGGAGUUGUUCUUGAGUGGGAAGAAAGUCUUAGUCGCAGACGACCAAGCACUGCUACGCAAGGUGACUGUGUCCCGUCUUUUACGGCUUGGAGCAACUGUUGAGCUCUCAGAAAAUGGACAGGAAGCUUUAGAGCUGGUUUGCAAAGGUCUAAGCGAUCAAAGCAAAUGUGGAACUUCCAAGAUUCUUCCCUAUGAUUAUAUAUUAAUGGACUGUGAGAUGCCUAUCCUGGAUGGAUAUAAAGCAGCAGAGCAAAUAAGGAAAAUUGAGAAGCAUUACGGUGUCCAUAUUCCAAUCAUUGCAUUAACGGGUCACACAGGAGGUGAGGAAACAAAAAAGAUAAUCGAGGCUGGAAUGGAUGUUCAUUUAAGUAAACCCCUGGAAAGUGAACAUCUGUUGGAAGCCAUUAGAUACAUCGAUAAUAAAUGGAGUUGUGUUUGA